CUUCCCUUCGGCCGUUAUAUUGGAAGUUAGGAGACAGAAAAUUGUAGCACCCAUAAAACUACCAAACUCAACAAGAACAGAAAAAACAAAAAAAGAGAAUUAGUUUUGUUUAUGUAGUUAAUCAUAGAAAUAAAGAUUAAUUGUUUGAUGCAAAAUCGAAGAUGAUAGAGUGGUCGAAGCAACUGAAAUCGGCUUUUGGGGCUUCAUUUAUAUGGCUCAUCUGUUUGAUCUACUUCACUCAGGGUUUUAGAUCCUUUGCGUGGACAGCAAUAUCUUAUCAUCUAAAGGACAAUCUAAAGCUGUCUCCCUCAGCAUCCCAGUUUGUAACCUCAGUAGCGUUUUUUCCUUGGAGCAUAAAACCAUUAUAUGGAAUAUUAUCAGAUUGUAUACCCAUAAGAGGGAGGAGAAGGACGCCUUAUUUGUUUAUUUCAACGGUGCUUUCCCUAGGGCCAUGCAUUAUCUUAGGCCUAAAUGCAUCGCUGAGAUCAUGCAAAGUGCUACUUAUGAUCUUAUUAACAGUACAGAAUAUUGGCUCUGCUAUGGCUGAUGUUGUGGCUGAUGCCAUGAUUGCGGAAGCUGUUAGGAGUGAGCGGGCUACAUUUGCUGGAGAUCUUCAGUCAAUAUCUUGGAUGUCCAUGGCUGUGGGAGGGAUCUUUGGGAAUUUAUUGGGAGGAUAUGCACUGAGUAACUUGCAUAUAGAUGCCAUAUUUCUACUUUUUGCCAUUCUUCCAGCUUUACAGCUUAUAUCCUGUGGUUUGGUUGAGGAGAUUCCUGUAGAUACUAAAGAUCUAAAUGAAGAUUUGAGUUUAACAAACGCGCAUAUGAGGAAUGGUGAUGGUAAUGCAGAUAAUACGGACCAUUCGGUUGACGGUUUCUCUAAAACUAGCGUAUCGAGGAGAAGGAAGAGCGAAAAGAACAAAAGAAAAGAAAAUACUUCCAAUAGAUCUCGGAAGCAGGUCAACAAUAAGUCAUUAGCAUUACAAUGGUUUCUCUCAUUGAAGAGGGCCAGUUACAGUUUAUUUAAUGCUUUUAGGCAGCCAAUCAUCUUGAGACCCAUGGCUUGGUUUUUCUUGGCGCACAUUACCUUCCCCAACAUUUCAACUGUCAUGUUCUACUAUCAGACGGAAUUCUUGAACUUGGAUGCGUCCUUCCUGGGAAAUGUACGAGUUAUAGGCUGGUUAGGCCUGAUACUUGGAACUUCCGUUUACAAUAAGUACUUAAAGAGGAAGAAGUUACAAAAAACUCUAAUGUGGGCCCAAAUCGGCUUGUCUCUGCUUAUCCUCGUAGACCUGGUCUUAGUUUCUCGAUUAAAUAUUGCGUAUGGGAUUUCAGAUAAAAUGCUGGUCUUAUGGGGGACUGCGGUUGCAGACGCAAUCAACCAGUUCAAGUUAAUGCCAUUUCUGAUUUUGUCGGGACAGCUCUGUCCUCCAGGCAUUGAAGGGACUUUAUUUGCUCUAUUCAUGUCGAUAAACAACUUUGGAAAUACCGUGGGCUCAUUCGUGGGUGCUUGGUUGGCGUCAAUAUUGGAUAUUUCUUCGGGUUCCUUUAACAACCUUCCUCUUGGCAUCGUUAUUCAAUUUGUUUGCUCUUUCAUUCCAUUGGCUUUUCUCUUUCUAAUACCUAAGGAAGCCACAGGCUUAUCGGCGUAAAUAGGUGACCUUAGAACCUUACCAUGCAAUACAAGCAUAUAUGGCCUUUAAUUUUGCUUUGUCACUUACCUUCUGAUAUCUUCCUUCGUAGUUAGUACAGCUACAUCACAAUGGUUGAUUAGAGUAUGAGAAGUAGUGGUAUACCAUAGAAAUAUAGUCUCACAGUUCUGGCCUAUAGCUAUAAUUUUAUUUCUUGGAAUUUUGUAUACUGAAUUUUUGUAAACAGUGUAGCAUCUAGAAGUUGCAGGCUGACUAUUGUGCUUUCGAAUGUGGUUCAAUUGAAUACUUGUAUCAUUGUUCAUGGACAAAGGUAAUGUUCACUUGAUAUAGCUUCACUUUUCAUAAA